AUGGCAGUGGCCCACCAGCAGGACGAUGCCACACCGCAAAAACCUCAGAAAUGGCCCAAGCAGUGUGACAAAGAGCUCAAAGCACUGCUCUGGCCUCUAAAUUCCCCAGAUCCCAAUAUGAUCAUGCACUUCUGUUUAGGAGCAGACGUGGUCGACCUGUCUGGUCCUGACAGGUCGGCCACGCCCUCUGCUGUCCCACCGCCUCUUGAGGAUGGUGUCCCAGAUGCGAGCAGGCCUGGUUCAGACCAUAGUCCAUCCAACAGAGCAGGAGUCCCUCCCUCUAAUUCUCCCGCACCCCACAAAUCACCUUUGUUGCCAGAGACUAGACGCCCCCAGCCUUCACCAGAGCUCCAUCAUUCCAAAACUGUGUUGCCAAGCAAUGGUGAGGCCAACAGCAGACAUGCUCGGUAUAACAGGGACGCUGUGGAUAGGCGAAGAGGAGGAGUGGGAGGAGGGAGGAGUGCGGACUUAUCUGCUGCCUCCAACAGCCAGCAUCGAGAUUUUACAGCUGACAUGAUCACUUACCGGACUCACGGCAUUCAUAGCGGAGACAUUAAAAAGCUGUCUGAGCAAACAGCUGCAUCGUGCACUGUACAGGAGGUCAGAGGGAACACCAUGAGCACAACACAACGGCCAAGUUCUGACGGAGCAGACCAGGAGAACGCCAACCUCAGGCUGCUGAGCAAUGGAGACGGCUCCCAGACAAUCUGCCACAGCCUCAACAUCGUCAAAAACAUCGCCGUACUGUACCAGGAAUACCGGGACACUUCCAAGCAGCAGGAGAUUGAGCAACGACGGCAGCGUGAGAACCUCUCUCCUAGUGUCACAGAAGGGACUGUGGUGGCAGACUCCGGCGUCAUGUCCCCUCCAGUGCUACAGCUGCAGCUGAGGAACAGCGCCCGCUCACUGAGCCUGUGGCAGAACCUGGAAGCUGUGCAGGCUAGCGGCCUGCUCACUCAGUUACCACAGAGAGAAGUCAUAAUGCAAGAGGCAUGUUUUGAGCUUGUUACCUCAGAGGCAUCGUACUACAAGAGUUUGGAAAUUUUAGAGACUCACUUCCUACGUAACCCCGUUUUAAUCAACACUCUCAGCCAAUCCGACAUGCACUUUCUCUUCUCCAACAUCGAGGAAGUCAUGAAAGCCAGUGAAAGGUUCCUAAUGGAUCUCGAGCAUCGAAUUGAGAAGUCAAUUUUGAUUUCUGAUGUGUGCGACAUUGUUUACCACCAUGCUGUGGAGCACUUCAGUGUCUUCAUCAAAUACGUCAUUAACCAGGUGUACCAAGAGAAGAACUACAGACGCAUUUUAGAGGGAAACCAGGCGUUUCGUGAAGCCAUGGCUGGACUAGAGAACCAUCCACGUGUCAGGGGCCUGUCCUUUACCUCAUUCCUAAUCCUUCCUUUCCAGAGGAUCACAAGGCUCAAGUUGCUUGUACAAAAUAUCCUGAAAAAGGCAGAAGAAAACUCUGAGAGGGAAGCAAAUGCUAUAAAAGCACAUCAUCAGCAACUGGAGCAGAUCGUGAAAGAUUGUAACGAGGGUGUGCGGAAAAUGAGUCGCACUGAGGAGCUUAUCUGCAUAGAGAAAACACUGGAGUUUAAGUCCAAGUCUGUGCCCAUCAUUUCCCACUCGCGCUGGUUGCUAAAGAAGGGGGAAGUGCAGCUAAUGGCCGGUCCUAAGAGCACUAGGACCAUGCGGAGUCGUAAGCUCUACCAACCAGUCUUCUUGUUCCUCUUUAACAAUCUGCUGCUGGUCACCAAGCGCAGCUCCAGUGGGGAUAAGUUCCAGGUUCUUGACUCGUGCACACGGGCCAUGUUGAGAACUGAAGAUCUUGAAGACCAGGGCCAGCUCCUGGCCAAUGUCUUCAAUCUGAAACUGCUGGAGAACCAAGAGGAGCGACCAGUAAGCUACAUGCUAAAGACCUCCAGUAUGAGUGAUAAGCUUCGAUGGAUGUGUACGCUGACUCCAAACCGCCGCACACGCUUUAUGUCUACCAGUGCCCAUCAACCAGACUCUCCACAGGUGCAGUGCAUUCAGUCAUACUCUUCACAGGAGCCAGAUGAACUCUCCAUUGAGAUGGCAGAUGUUUUGAACCUCCUGGAGAGAACAGACGAUGGCUGGAUGAUGGGUGAAAGGCUCCAUGAUGGCGAAAGGGGCUGGUUCCCCAGUCGAGUCGUCGAGGAGAUCCAGAGCAAGGAGGUCAGAGCUCAGAAUCUGAGAGAGGCCUUCAGGAUCCAGCAGGCUCAGGAGGGUGGAGGAGGCCCGCAACCCGGAGGCAGGAUUGGUGCAAGGGGGGGGAGACGCCCCCCACGGGCCUCCAACUACUCCAACCCUUGAAUUGAUCAAACAAAGGAGAGCGGUGAAGUAACGCAGUGAAGCAGUAACAGUGAUGAAUGUCACCAUUCAGGGCUAUAUGCACUAAAAGAAAUAAUCAGGAUACAUGUGACUUCAAUCCUAUACAAUGACAUCUUGUCCUUUUGAUUUUCACUUAGCAGUCGGUGGAUUUAGAAAUUCACAUUUUCCGUCUCAGUGAUCUGGGACAAAUGAUCAAAGCGCUUGAGUCAAUAACUGUACAAGCGAAGUUGCAUGUUUCAUAUAAACGUGUGCUGAAGGUGUUUUGCAGGCCCACACACUGCGGUGUGUACUGCAUGGAGCAAAGCUCUGUGAUUGGUCAGGAGAAAGACACCUAAAAGGUCUUUUAACGGUACUGUAAACAUUACUCAGCUGCAUGGGCAAGUUUUAAAAAAAAAUUUUGUGUUCAUUUCAUUGUAAAAUACCUUUCAACACUGAUUAGCCCAUACUCACAACACAAACAGUCAGGAGUACGGUGGCCUUGAGAGCUCAAUGCACUGCACACUAACUAGAACCCCAGAGGAAAACUUAAACCGCAUUUCCAUCAAAAGCUUUCGGUUUCGGUUCUGUAUAGCAUUUCCACCGCAGACAGUGCUCGUAUAUGUGGGCCGGGUUGUUGUCACUCACUGCUCCGUCCAGCUGAACUCACUGUAUUUCCUUGUACAGAGUGAAGUCUGCACCUCAUUCAUCGUCUACAGAGCAGGGCUUCACAGUGGCAUUUUCAGAACAAAAAGGUGUCUCUCUAUGGGAUAGU